AUUUUAUUUAUUGGUCUUCGCCAUCCGACUGACGGCUGUUUCAUUAGGAACGCGUACCGCCGGGUACAGAUGGGAAAGAGAGGUGGAGAUGUCUUAAGAACGCAUGCAAAAGCUGUCGUCCGAUGCUGGAGGCCAGCGUUCAUAAACAUAUAACGGAAACGGUCUCACAUGGCGGAUCAAAUAAGUAUAUAUGCGAAGCGUGUGGUGCCGGUUUCAACCGCCGGGAUGCAUUGAAAAGGCAUAAACCCUCUCAACAGUGCAUCAGAAAUAGGGAGAAGGCUCUGGCUCAAGCAAACUCCCAAGUGCUUGGUCCCAUCACGUUCGCAUCUUCCUCAGGCCCUGCAUCGAGCUCGGCGAACCAACAAUCCUUGCCCCCGUCUGUGGCCCCACCGCAUGUUGUUCAGGUCGUUGGGAAUAGCACAUCUGGCGCUGCGUCCUCCGUCGCGAUGUCUCAGCAACAAUUCGCCUUCAAAGUCCAAGGACCUGCAUCGGGCUCCGCGAACCAACAAUCCCUGCCCUCGCAUGUUGCCCCACCGCAUGCUAUUCAAGCCGCUGCGAAUCGCACGUUUGGCGCUACGGCCCCCUUCGCGAUGUCUCAUCAGCAAUUCACCUUGAAAGCACGAGGACCUGCAUCGAGCUCGGUGAGUCAACAAUUCAGUCCGCAGGCCACACGGACUGACGCAAGGUCAAUGAUCCAGCAUGUCCCAACCUGGUCUGCAUUCUCGCAGAAAUAUCCAUCUCUCCCCGAGAACAUUCAAACCUCAUUCAAACCGACCACUGUGCAGCAGCCGGCUGUCGCACACCCGUUGCAGGCCUUCCAGGGUACCCCGAACCAGACUUCCUCUACUCCCCUCCCGUCUGCACCUGAACCACAACCCGCGCAGCCGCCAUCUGGCCAUGCUAUACCAAUCGUCGCGAGUGAUUUCUCAAUGUCGAUUUUCAAGCCGACUGCUGCUCCCCUCCAACCUCCUUUGCCGCCAUCGUCUCUUCCCCCGUCUGAGGAUGUAAACGAUGACGAUGAUGAGGAUGAUGAUUCAGGUUUAUUCUCAGAACCAUCCUCUCCCACAUCGUCCAAGGAUGCAUUCGACCCUUCCAUGCACCUGUUCUCCGCACCACCGUCUUCCUCUCCUGACUGAGAAAGCGAUGGAUGCUACUGUCCCUUGACGUAAAUGCAAUCGCGCCUCUCUUUUGCCCCAUUCGACGGGUCUGUUCUCAAUAUCCCUUUUUCUGAUUAUUUAUUCGAUGUCGAGCGAUCGCUCUUGGACUGCCUUGUGUUCGGUUUCAUUAUCGUAGACUUCACAUAUCUUCACAUGACAUCGUGCAUCAUUUAUUUUGGAAUAGACACAAGUACCUAUACCAAUUGGAAGUAUACCCUAUGUAACAAUACUAUAGUCUUGAUGACACGCAACCGUCUGAAC